AUGGCGUCAAACAAUCGUAAGGGAUUAUCGGUCGCUCCAGCGGCUGCCUGUAUCUGCCUACUUGCCACCAUUACCCUGGCCAUCACCACCCCCUUGCUUGUUCCUUAUCUGGAAUUGCACAAACAAGGAUUUGUGUUUCUUCUCUAUGAACUCCCAGGGCUCAUCAUCAAUCUCACCAAGCCGUACAUUGCAACAAUAGCAAUCAACUAUGCCUCCCUGGUGUAUCUUCAUCACGCUAAAACAGUCACUCAUGCGGAGAGUGUGGACGAAAGAGUUGUUGCAGAAGAGAAAAAGAUUAUUCUCUGCAUGCAGAGAUUUAUGAGCGCACACCCGACGCGAGUCGAGCCAUUUCGCAGGCAAAUUGAAGAAACUAUGACAGAAGCUGCUGCGAACUUCGAACAUGGCCAACCAAAUACCAGAGGAUUGGGGGAAGCACUCUUCAGCAAGGUCCGGAAGUGCAAGCCCGAGGCACUUAUCGAGGCAUCCGAUAAAGCAAUACGAAACACAGUGAUCCUUUUUCAAUUCUUCUAUCGCCUCUUCUCCUGGGUCGGCUGCCUGAUUACGGUAGGUGUUAUCUUUGCCGCGUUCAUAUGCCAGAUGGUACUCGAACGGCCCAUGGUCAACCAAGACAAAGCCAUGAGAGAUACAAUCAAGCAGCUUGAACGUGCUGGCCACGGCGCUACUGGGAGCGAAGCGAUGGUUGGCUUCAGGCGUUCUUUACAUGCACUAUCCGAGGCAUCAACAGUACUGAGCCGGUUACGCGCCUGUCGAGACUCCUUAUAUCUUUUCUGCUUCUUCCUGCUUUUCCAAUGCCUGGGCGAUGAUCGACACACCGCGCUUUUUGCAGCCUAUAAGUACCUCUCUUCUAUCCGCGAAGCUUUCGAAAAGCUAGGCUCUUGUCGUGUUCAGUUACGGUUAAUUAUUGCGAAUGGAAGUUGGACCAUAGCCCGUGUUGCGCUUCAAGCUUGGUGGGAUUUGUCGAGUAAGGACAACGGGGAAGAGAAGCAGGCUCAUGUACAUCUUGCUGUACAUAUUGCAAGCUCCCAAACCCAGGCGAGGUACAUCUACGCAGAGAAGGAGAGAAUUCACGACUGGAGCUAG